AAAUCUAAAUAUUUAAUACUACUUUUCAUUCCGACGUCCUUUUUCUGUUGAUUGACUGCUUUCUUUUUGCAAUUGUUGCUGUUUGUUUGUUGUGGUACAAGUCAUCCAUCGUUCCUUCUUAGACUCACUUCUAUCCUUGUCUCUUUUGCGGAAACAACAGAUAGUUCCAACAAAUAGAAAUAAACCUGUGAAAAGAGACAAUGAAUAUCGUCAUUAGAUUCUUUAUUCUUCUAUUAAAAUUUAUUAUUGAUGCCUUCGGCGAUAUUCUCGUCAAGUUUGGAUUGAGAUUAGAACCUUUAACUUUUGAAACCGUUUGCAAAGGAUUAUCUAAACAAGCUAAAUCUGAUUUGCUACAAACUGAAUAUGCUAAGAAUAACUUUAUGGUGCUUAUUGAACAUAUUACCUCAUGCGAUGAAUUACCACUCACUGGUCAUUAUUUUACAAGAGUCUGGAUGAUUAAACUAUUAGAGUUAAGAGUCAGAGUUCAAAGAUGCUUGAAAGAGGAUCCUUCUAUUUAUAAGGUUCCUCUAACACGUCCAGUAUUUUUUGUUACCCUCAUGAGAACUGGUAGUACUUUUCUUCAUCAUCUUCUAUCGCAAGAUAAAAAUUGGAGAUGCCCCGAACUGUGGGAAUUGGAGGAUUGCGCACCACCGCCCGGUGGACAGGACGACUCUAGGAGAAUUGCAGAGAGUAGAUUGAAAUGGAAUAUAUCGAGUUGUCUAAUGGGAUGGAAAGACGUACAAAAGACGCACACAUUCGACCCUCGCAAUCCGGAAGAUUUGGCUUUUAUCGGUUACCUCGACGGUCAUUUUGUCGGUUCUUCACUUCUCCAUCGCGGAAUGGAAGGAGAAUUUACCGACUACUUUAGAAAUCAGUCGGAGAAAAUUCAAGAUAUUUACGAAGAGAAUAAUCGAGUUCGAAUGCAAAUGAUUUGUAAAAAUUCAGAUAUGACAAAGAGACGAUUAUUGGCUAUGCAUCAUACAUCUCCUGUUCAUUUAAGAGCUCUUCUAAAAGCCUUUCCCGAUGCGCAAAUCAUCACAAUUCACCGAGAUUUCGUAGGACAAAUGAAAUCGUCUUGCGAAUUAAUUAGAACAAUUUCUAGACCUACUAGAAGACUAUUCAUAAAAGAUAACGAAGGCUACGGUAGAAGAGUUUUGAAUUCGGUCUAUCACGACGCUGAAAAGUUGGUUAAAUGGAGGAGGGAUUGCAACUUUGAAAGUAAAGAUUUUCAGAGAUUCGUCGACGUUCACUUUAAAGAUUUAAUAAAGAAUCCAAUUGAAACCGUACAACAAAUAUAUAAUCAACUGGAUCAAGAAUUAACAACAGAGGCCAAAGAGAAUAUGACUAAAUUUUUGUCAAAUCAUAAAAAAUCCAAUGCCAAAGCUAAAUAUAACAUUGAAGAGUUUGGAUUAACAGAAAAUCAGAUAAGACAAAAAUUCAAGUUCUAUACAGACUAUUUUAAAGUAAAAACGUGA